AUGGCGGCCGCCCCGCCGGCCUCGCCGCUCGCCCGCGCGGGCGCUCCGGGGCGGCGAGCCGAGCGCCGCGCAGCCUGCGGCACCCCCUGGCGGCGGGCGGGGCGGAGGCCGGGCGGGGAGGCGGCCCAGGACCCGGGGCCCUGCGGGGAGCGCCACCUGGCGGGCGGGCGGCCUGGGGCUCGGCGGGAGCGUCCACCCGGUCCUUUGUCCGGCUUGGGCUCGGAUCUGCAGCCUGAAGCUUACGGGGACAACCAGAGCAAACCUUCCAGCAUUCCGGACAGGGCACACGCUCACCUGCAGGGUGCCUGGAACACGGGUUCCGAGGGAAGCCACUGUUUAUUCCGUGGGCAUAAACAGCCGGACCGCCGGAGGAGGAGUCCAGGUGGCCACGAAGCCGCGGUGCGGAAAGGGAACUCACCUGCUCUCGGGACAGCAGUGGGUGCUUACAGCCUUCAGCCUGCACGCCCUGGUUCACUAAGCGCAGCCAACCGCACUUUCCUAGUGUGCCCUCCUCCGUGCGCUGUGAACGUCCACAGACUAGUCCCAGCCGCCACGCAGCCUGGACCUAGCAGCCGGCUCCCCACCCUCCUCAAGGGCGCCGGUCUGACUCGGGAGCAGGAGGCCUCUGUCGCGGCCGAGACUCCGCGGAGCAGCCUUCACCGAAACAAGGAUCUCCAGCUGGCCCCGCCCCCGGCCCCGCCCCCUGGCGCCCAUUGGCUGAUUCGAUUGACGCCGCGGCCCCGCGGCCCCGCAGCCCCGCGUGCUUCAUUGGCUGCGGCGGCGGCGGCGGCGGCGGCGGCGGCUGGCAGUGAGAGCGCAGACGCGUCCCCCGCUCCGCUGUUGGCGAAGAGCGGCCCAGCCGUGCCCCAGGAGCUGCGGCUGCCCUCGAGCCAGAGAACUCAGCCCGCGUUCAGAGAACAAAAACAAAAACUCAAGGAACGGAUAUUACAAAGAAAAACGUUUUUUGCAUAUAAACAGGAAAAUCAUAUAUCCAGUAGUACAGGCCAGAAAGUGAUGAACUCUGAAGGCCAGAUCCAGGAAGAGACAAAAGUUCUGAAAUUCAAAACAAAAAUGGCUGGUAAAGAAAAUGUCAGUAGACUUCCUGUGAACAAAAAUAAUAUAACUAUGGGGAAAAAUUGUAUUCCUUUAAGACCUUCUAAUGAAUUAGCCAAUUUAACAAUGAUAACUGACACACAUAAUUUGGAGGAUAAUAAUCACACAAGACAGUCGGUACCAAUUGAAGAUGGCCCUCAAAGUCAACACAUGACAUUGAGCCAAAUGUUUCAUCUUAAAAACAACAGUAAAAAGAAACAAAUAUCUACAGAAAAACCAAAGCAAGAUGCUAACAUGCCUAAGAAGCUUGUGCUUGGGUCUUACAAUGGUCAAAUUGUUAAAUCUAGGAUUAAUUCAUUUAGAAAGCCCCUACCAGUCAGAGAUGAGAGUUCUGUAGCAACAAAGAAACUUUCAGCUACUAUCCCUAAAGCCCCAGAGCCUCUGCCCGCAGACACCAGCAGUUUGACAGUAAAAAGUCCUAGAGCCCCAAACGGGAUGACCACCACUCGACCUGUGAGCACUGCCUCUCAGGACAGACGGCUGGUGCGGCCUCCUAUCAGAAGUCACUGCAACAGUGCUCAGGACCCUGUGAAGCAAGGCAUCAGGAGAACUGCCAGUGUUACAAUCCGGAAAGGGCCUCAGGAGAAGGAAUUACUGCAGUCAAACACAGUUUCAUCUAGUGCCAAAACCAGUUCUCAGGAUGUGGAGAGAAAGACGACAGUGUCAAGAAGCCUGAUGUCCAAAAUUGUAGCCAGACCUGCUUCAUCUUUUAACACCAGACUGAUCCAGAAGUCAAAAAGCAUUGAUCCUUGCAGACACUCUGUAGCAAAAGCAACUAUUGAUAGAUCAAUUCAGCCCAAAGAAACAGCAGAAGAGAGAAAAGCUCGUCUGAGUGAGUGGAAAGCUAGCAAAAGAAAAAUGCUAAAAAGACCUCCUAGCUCAGGAGUUACCCAGUCUGAGCCCGAAGAGCGAAAUGAAAUAUCAUCUGAGUCCUUCUGGACUACCAUGGUAGAAGAAGAUGAGCAAAGAUUAUUUACUGAAAAAGUGAACAAGACAUUUUCUGAAUGCCUAAAUCUGAUUAAUGAGGGAUGCCCAAAAGAAGAAAUAUUAGUCAUACUCAAUGACCUGAUUAAAGAUAUUCCAGAUGCUAAAAAACUUGUUAAAUAUUGGAUAUGCCUUGCACAUAUUGAACCACUCACAAGUCCUAUUGAAAAUAUCAUCACAAUCUAUGAGAAAGCUAUUUUGGCAGGGGCUCAGCCUAUCGAAGAAAUGCGACAUGUAAUUGCAGAUAUUUUAACAAUGAAGAGUCAAGAAAAAGUCAAAUAUGCUUGCUGGAUUUCUCAAGAUGUCUCAGGAGAAAGUGUUGAGGCUUGUGCAACCAAGGAAUACAUCCAGGAUGUCAGCAGUGAAGAUAUAGGUGUUAAUCUAGAGUCAGGAAAACCAGAAACGGAAAAGAAACCUAGAAAUGUGGUAUUUCAAGAUGAUGAAAAAGAGCAAGAUGACAAAACAAAAUAUCUAACCAAUGAUGUUAAAACCCCCAGUGCAGAAACUGGAGGGAGUUGCUUAAUUAAAUAUAAUGUGUCUACUACACCAUACCUACAAAGUAUAAAAAAGAAGAUACAGUUUGACAAUACAGAUUCUACAUUUAAAGAGCUAAAGUUUCUAACACCAGUUAGACGUUCUCAACGUAUUCAAGAGAAAACUUCUAAAUUGCCAGAUAUGUUAAAAGACCAUUAUCCAUGUGUGUCUUCACUGGAGCAGUUAACAGAGUUGGGAGGUGAAACUGAUGCUUUUGUAUGCCGUCCUAACACAGCCCUAUGCCCGAUGUACUCAGAGACUGGAACAGCACAAGAGAAAUAAAGCAACGAUCAGUAAUGGGACUUUUAUUGUUCUGGGGUUUUUGUUUGCUUGUUGUGGCUUUGUCUCUUAGAAGUUGGCCAAGUACCUAAGUAUUCAUGGCAGUAAGCUCUUUUACUGAUGUUCACAUUAUAGCAGGAGUUGCCUUGUCAAUCUCAGCAGAGGGAGUUACUAAGAAAGUUAAAUUUUGUCAAGUAGUUCAAACCUGUUUAUAUUCAAGGAGCAUAGUGAUCAUAAUGUUGGCUUCACUUUUAAUAGUCUUAAAUUGUUAGCUAUUAAAUGUAAGUAAAUGUACAUCAUCAGAAAAGGUAUUCUAGGUAAAAUUUAUAUAUUUAUCUGGACAUGUUCUUAAAAUUUAGAAUAUACAUGCCAGCCUUUAAACAGAAUACUGACUCUACUAUUAAGUCUUGUCCGUUAAAACAGGAUAGUUAUGUACAAUUAAGUCUUCUCUCCACACAUAAAUAUCACGUGUAAAAUUGCCUUAUAAGUCUCCAAACUAUCCUCUAUCAAUUUUAUAGUUUCAAAGAGUCAGUAGUUUCAAAACUGUGUAAUAUAAAUGUGCUUGAAAAUCCUAGUCUUUUGUUCACUCAUUCCAUUUGUAUAAUGGCACCUGUCUUUGGUUCUAUUGUCUUAUGCUCUCGAGAAGAUUUUUAUUCUUUUAUAAACUGUGUACCUAAUGUUGAUUAAAUAUAUAUCUGUA